CCCCUCCUCAGCUCCCAACCCCCCUCAGCACCCAUCAACAAUGACCCACCCCGCCACACUCUCAGAGUCCGAGGACCCCGCCCAUCUCGCCCAAGCGGCCCGCACCGCCUCGCUGGCCCUGCAGUCCGCGACCCCGGCGCACAAGUCGGCGGCGUUGAGGCGGAUUCACCAGUUGUUGGCGGAGAGGAGGGGGGCGAUUUUGGAGGCUAAUCGGAGGGAUUUGGAGGUGAGGGAGGGCAGGGGAGGGGGGAGGGGGCGGAGGAAUGAUUGAGGUUCUGAGCGAAGCGAGGAGAAGGCGAGCGGUGUCGAGCCAAAUGCCCCCCGAAGGCGCAAGAAUGCUUGAGGGUUGUGAGCUUAGUGAGGAGAAGGCGAGCGCACUGCGCCGGAGGUGCAGGAAUGGUUGCAUGUGGCGAGGUCGGAGGACUAGGAUUGCAGAUCGCCCCAACCUUCUUGUCGCGAGCGGAGGGAGCAGGGCCGCCAAAAAAGAAGUAGACGCCGGCCGUCUCUCCCCCUCCCUCUUCGCCCGCCUCGACCUGUCCCACGGCGACAAAUUCGCCUCCCUCCUGCAAGGCGUCCUCGACGUCGACUCCCUCCCGGACCCCACCAACAAAAUCACCCUCGCGCGGCGUCUCGCGGACGACCUCAACCUGUACCGCGUCACCUGCCCCGUAGGCGUGCUGCUGAUUAUCUUCGAGGCUCGCCCCGAGGUGGUGGUGCAGAUCUCGUGUUUGGCGAUCAAGAGCGGGAAUGCGGUUAUCUUGAAGGGCGGGAAGGAGGCCGCGGAGAGUAAUCGGGUGUUGUUUGCGGUCUUGAGGGAGGCGUUGGAGGAUGUUGGGAGGGAGUUUGCGGCGGAAAACAAGGUUGCGGGUGUCACGCACGACGACGACGACGACGACGACGAUGAAGACGUCGAAACCGCCACUCGAGCGAACCAACCCUUCCCAAUCCCCCCAACCGCCAUCCAACUCGUCUCUACCCGCUCCCAAAUCGCCACCCUCCUCACCCUCGACACCUACAUCGACCUCGUCAUCCCCCGCGGCUCCAAAUCCCUCGUACAAUACAUCCAAUCCUCCACCCGUAUCCCCGUUCUCGGCCACGCCGACGGGGUCUGCAGCGUGUUUAUCGACGCCUCUGCCGACGUCGACAAAGCCGUGAAAGUCGUCGUGGACGCAAAGACGAGUUACCCCGCCGCCUGUAAUUCAGCCGAGACGCUUGUCGUGCACCGCAAGGCAUUGCCCACCGUCCUACCCAAACUCGCCGCUGCCUUGGUCAACCACGGCGUCCAACUCCGCGCCGACCAGGAAUCCCACGCCUGCCUCGCCUCCCUCAACAUCCCCUCCACCCCCGCCACCCCCGACGACCUCACAACAGAACACCUCUCCCUAACCCUCACCCUCGUGACCGUCGCCUCCCUCGCCGCGGCCAUCACGCACAUCAACACGCACGGAUCGCACCACACGGACGUCAUCGUGACAGAGAAGAAGAAGCGAGCGGAGCGGUUCAUGCGCGAUGUCGACGCCGCCGGCGUGUUCUGGAACGCGAGCAGUAGGUUCGCCGACGGGUUUCGGUAUGGCUUUGGCGCGGAGAUUGGGGUCAGCACCAACAAAACACACGCCCGCGGCCCCGUCGGCCUCGCCGGCCUCCUGAUCUACAAAUACCGCCUGUACGGAGCCGCCGGCCACGCCUCCGCUGCGUAUGGCGUGUCCGGUCAUCAGACGCCCUAUCUGCAUCAGGACAUUGACGGCGUGCACGGCGUCGAGGAUUUGUAGGACGGCGGAAAACAGGGCGUCUAUCCCCUAUGCCGCUUCUUUGAUAUGAGUUUUUGCAUAUGAGGGUGGAUCAUCCCUGCGCAUAUACGCACAAGACACACCCCCCGUCCCCUCUUACGCAAAAAACCCCAUCUUUCGUUCACGCAAACAAAGC